AUGGUAGCGGUGUCUGACCAACCAUAUCCGCAAGCUGGACUAACUGCAAAUCAAGAACUUUUGGUUUCUCCGUUGGUUAUUCUUGGUCAGGAAAUUCCUCUUGAAUUUCAAUGGAAUCCUGAGGAUACUUUUCAAGGUUUAAUUAAGGUUCGCUUGGAUGAGCACAGUCAACCUAGUGCAGGGGAUGAUUCCAAACGUGAUUAUGGUGCUCCCGUUUACUACCCCACUUUUGAUAGACUUGGCUUAAUAACUCAAGUUAAACCAGUGGGUAUUUUGCUUGCAUAUAUUCAGGAAACUGAAAACAGAAAUAAUCAAUGUGUACGA